AUGCAUCGCGCAUUCCUUCGUGUGCCCGACCCACUGCAGAGUGACUACUAUGAGUCUGACGGAGGCCUUUCCUCAAACACAUCGAGUCCUUACCCUCCCAACACCCCGGCUUCCAUGACAUUCAUACCCCCCGUCGCGCCAUCCCAUCGAGUACCUCGCCCUCGGACCCUCAAGAAGUCUCGGAGCCUCAAGUCCAUGAAGUCCGUUGAACAGAACUUGCGUGCAGUAUUCGUCGAUCUCGUGCAAAACAGCAUGUCUUUACACGAUGCUGGCAUUUCUACUCCUGGCAUAUCCCUGUCCUCGAUUGGAGCACCCCAGGACUUUCGCGUACUUGAACGACAGGGCUCGGCGAUGGACGUAUCGGUGCCCCGCAGUCGAACUCCCAGCAUUUCCCGUGCUCUUUCGCCGUUCCGGAAACUCUUUCGGCCGCCUUCCGCCUUGGAUCGUCCCUCCAAACUACCGGCAGUUCAAAGCAAGACAAAGUACGCGACUUGCACUCGAUGUGGCUCGGGCUUCAAGAAAUAUGUUUACAAUGCCGAUGAAGACAUCAUUUUAUACAACGAAGAAGAGUGUCAUUUCCAUCCAGGGCGUAUAGAGGAGUGGUUGUUCGACCAACGAUGCUUUGUGGGAAACGUCUCCGCAGCUAACCGAACUGCUUAUUUCUGGAGCUGUUGCACAGAAGACCCUCAGGCCCCUGGUUGCUGCCGCAAGUCUCGCCAUCGAGGCGAGGACGAUCCCACCGACGUGCUCCCUGCCACUUGA